UCGGCGCGGUGGCGGCGCCUCAAUGAAGCUGGCCGAGGUGCCGGCGCGGCUCGGCGCGCUGCUGCACGCGCCCGACCCCAUCGUCAUCAAUCACCUCAUCUCCGUGGAGCCGCCGCACGACGCCAAGCAGACCGCGUGCUACGACAUCGACGUCGAGGUAGGCACAGCUCGGCGCGGUGGCGGCGCCUCAAUGAAGCUGGCCGAGGUGCCGGCGCGGCUCGGCGCGCUGCUGCACGCGCCCGACCCCAUCGUCAUCAACCACCUCAUCUCCGUGGAGCCGCCGCACGACGCCAAGCAGACCGCGUGCUACGACAUCGACGUCGAGGUAGGCACAGCUCGGCGCGGUGGCGGCGCCUCAAUGAAGCUGGCCGAGGUGCCGGCGCGGCUCGGCGCGCUGCUGCACGCGCCCGACCCCAUCGUCAUCAACCACCUCAUCUCCGUGGAGCCGCCGCACGACGCCAAGCAGACCGCGUGCUACGACAUCGACGUCGAGGUAGGCACAGCUCGGCGCGGUGGCGGCGCCUCAAUGAAGCUGGCCGAGGUGCCGGCGCGGCUCGGCGCGCUGCUGCACGCGCCCGACCCCAUCGUCAUCAACCACCUCAUCUCCGUGGAGCCGCCGCACGACGCCAAGCAGACCGCGUGCUACGACAUCGACGUCGAGGUAGGCACAGCUCGGCGCGGUGGCGGCGCCUCAAUGAAGCUGGCCGAGGUGCCGGCGCGGCUCGGCGCGCUGCUGCACGCGCCCGACCCCAUCGUCAUCAACCACCUCAUCUCCGUGGAGCCGCCGCACGACGCCAAGCAGACCGCGUGCUACGACAUCGACGUCGAGGUAGGCACAGCUCGGCGCGGUGGCGGCGCCUCAAUGAAGCUGGCCGAGGUGCCGGCGCGGCUCGGCGCGCUGCUGCACGCGCCCGACCCCAUCGUCAUCAACCACCUCAUCUCCGUGGAGCCGCCGCACGACGCCAAGCAGACCGCGUGCUACGACAUCGACGUCGAGGUAGGCACAGCUCGGCGCGGUGGCGGCGCCUCAAUGAAGCUGGCCGAGGUGCCGGCGCGGCUCGGCGCGCUGCUGCACGCGCCCGACCCCAUCGUCAUCAACCACCUCAUCUCCGUGGAGCCGCCGCACGACGCCAAGCAGACCGCGUGCUACGACAUCGACGUCGAGGUAGGCACAGCUCGGCGCGGUGGCGGCGCCUCAAUGAAGCUGGCCGAGGUGCCGGCGCGGCUCGGCGCGCUGCUGCACGCGCCCGACCCCAUCGUCAUCAACCACCUCAUCUCCGUGGAGCCGCCGCACGACGCCAAGCAGACCGCGUGCUACGACAUCGACGUCGAGGUGGACGACACCCUCAAGACGCAGAUGAACAACUUCCUGCUGAGCACGGCCAACCAGCAGGAGAUACAGGGGCUCGACUCCAAAAUACAUGAAACUGUGGACACCAUCAACCAGCUGAAGACCAACCGCGAGUUCUUCCUGAGCUUCAGCAAGGACCCGCAGCAGUUCAUCCAGAAGUGGCUCGUGAGCCAGUCGCGAGACCUCAAGAGCAUGGGCAGCGGCGCGGGCGGCAACCCCGAGGAGGAGCGGCUGUGCGCGCUGUACGCGCAGCCCUGGGCGGCCGAGGGCGCGGCGCGCUACCUGCACGCGCGCCUCGCCGCGCGCCGCCACGCGCUCGACCUGGCGCUCACGCCGCACCACCUGCCGCGCGUCUAGCGCACUGCGCUUGACCCACCUUCGCCCGUCUCAUGAUCGGAUGAGAAGUGUUUUUCAAAGAGGGAAGGAUUCUACAGUAGAGUCACUCUCAAUUAUAUUUUAUUACUAGACGAUGCCCGAAGCUUUGUCCGCGUGGAUUGGUCAGGUCCUCUGCAGCAUCAAGAUUGAGGAGUUGGAAUCCAAAUUUUUUAUGGAACAAUGUCGCAAAGUUUCCU